AUAUCGGGGGCUUUGCGAAACGACUGAAAGUUCUACUUUGCAUUUACAGCUGCGACUGGGUUCUUAGUGGGUACCAUUCGAUCGGUGCCGUAAAAUUGUCGGUGCAUUUUGUAAACAAUAUUACCGGAUUGUUUACAGUAAAUGCAACUGGAUUUUACAGAUUGCUGAUUGAAAAUGUUCUUCAAUGUAUUGGCAGUGGGUUUCUAUGGAUUAUUUGGCGCUGUUUUAGCUGAAAUACCUUCCUAUAUAAAAGUGUGCAACAAAAACGAUCCGGAAAUAUCCAAAUGCAUCAUAAAUUCAGUGGAACAGCUCAGAUCCAGACUAAAAACUGGGAUUGCCGAAUUAAAUGUGCCUCCAAUUGAGCCCUUAUUGUUGGAUGAAAUCCAGUUGAGAAGUGGACCCAACCAGGCUAAAAUCAAUGCCAAUAUUACUAAUGCAAAAGUAUGGGGACCGUCUGGCUUCGAAAUCAUCGACCUAAAACCCAACGUAAAGAAGAACCGAUUCGUGUUCAGAGUGAGUAUUCCAUCAAUUUACUUCGAAGGAGACUACGACAUUGAUAUGAGCGUCUUAAUCCUGAAAUACAAAGGAAAAGGUCCCAUUACCGGCAAUUUCACAAAUUACAAAUUCGACUGCAUCAUGAAAGGGGAUCUGGUGACACUGAACGGACAGCAGCAUCUUCAGUUCAGAAAAUUCAAUUUGACGCUCUAUAUUGGACACAGCGCCAUCCAUUUGGGCAAUCUCUUCGCCGGCCAAAAUCCGACUCUAUCUUCAGCCACCAAUGAAGUGGUUAGAGACAAUGCCGAUCUAUUUGUGAACGAAAUCAAGCCAGUGCUUGAAAACUCUUUGGCCCAAAAGUUCACCGAUAUCGCCAACACGAUAACUAAGAGGUUCACUUAUCAAGAACUGUUUCCUGAUAAGUGACUAGUAAUAAAUUGAAGCAGAUAUUAAACUUAGGAAUAUUGUUAGAAUUAAAAAACAGUUUUAAAGAUUGUGUUGUUCCAUUGAAUAAUUUUUUUAUUAUUAGUUUGUUUCAAUGCAGUUUUUGGGGGCAUUUUUGUAUUUUUUAUUUAGACUAGUUUCUUCAGCAAAUCUCUUGAGGUCCAACCACAAAACGAAUGGUUUUAGCUGAACAUUGAUCUUAUGAAGUUACUGGUGAGGAAUUUUGAAUUGAUUGAGUUUGAAACUGAGAUUUUAUGAUAGUUUUUGAUUGACUUCUUCGAAAAAGCAAGAGAAUAAACACUAGAAUAUAAAGUUUCAGAUGAAAUAAACGAUCUAUUUUA